AUAUUUUUAGGGAGGAAAUAUAUAAAUGAUUAAAUAUGUGAUAGAAAUGAGUGAUGUGACUUGACAUUUGAGUCUGACAAAUGGAUGAUGGUAAGAAAAAUGAUUGGUGAUGAUUUUAAGGGAAAAAAUAUGACUGGGAUAAAAUUCAAACACAUUCCUGUUCUCAAACGUCUCCACAUCUACAAGGCAAAGGUACAUCGUUUACUCUUCUCGAGUUCCUUUGUAUUUAUGUUCUCUUGAGUUGGAUCUCAACACCUAAUUUAUAUAAUUACAGGCUUGUCUGAAGGAAAUUCAUGCAAAAAUGUUGCGGAAGCAUUUGGAACGCCUCGAGCAACAGAUGGGAAGCCAAGAUACUUUGGAAGAGGAUCAGGAUUCAAGGCCUAUAGAGGACGAGUCUGAUCAGGAUGCUCAAGCUCUCUCUCCAGAACCCAUAUUGGAUGAAGAGUUUCAUGAGGAAGAAGAGGAGGCUGGAUCAUUUUUGCCAGAGCUGUUGCAUGGUAAUGAAAAUGAUGAAGCAAUUGACCCCAAGGAGGACAGGGCUAUACUGGAAAGGAAACGUAUAGCUGUUUUGGAAGAACAACAAAGGCGAAUCCAAGAAGCAAUGGCUUCAAGGCCAACUCCAUCUGAAGAUGACUUGGAGAUGAAAGCCAUGAAAGCUAUGGGAGCCAUGGAAGUAGGCGAUGCAGUAUUUGGCUCGAGUGAUGAAGUAAACCUUGAUUAACAGGUGUACUGGUGGCAUGACAAAUACCGCCCCAGGAAGCCAAAGUACUUUAACCGUGUUCACACUGGGUAUGAGUGGAACAAGUACAAUCAAACUCACUCUGACCAUGACAAUCCACCUCCAAAUAUCA